GCUGCGCCGCGUCUGAGCCGGAGCGGAGGAGCGCAGCGCGCCAUGGCCGCCGAUCCGCCCCGCCUGGCCCGGCAGCUCUUCCUGCUGGGCCUGGCCGCUGCCUACGUCGCCGCCUUCGCCUCCCUCUACGUGCAGCUCCCCGGCCUCUACGGGAAGGAUGGCGUCCUGCCCGCCCGGAAGAUGCUCCGCAUCAGCGGCAAGGGCUUCUGGGAGCAGCUGCGGGAUUCGCCCACCCUGCUGUGGUUCUGCCCCCACCUGGGCCUCGACACGGAGCAAGGCAUGGAGCUGCUCUGCCUGCUGGGGGCGCUGCUCUCCUUCGGGGCCCUGCUGCUGGAGCCCCUGCGCGACAGCCUCGUCUUCCUGCUGCUCCGGGCCUUCUACCUCUCCCUUUACCAGGUGGGGCAGGUGUUCCUGUAUUUCCAGUGGGACAGCCUUUUGCUGGAGACGGGCUUCCUGGCGGUGCUGGUGGCUCCCCUGCACCUGCUGAAGUGGCGCUCCACGGCCUGGCGACCGCAUGACGGGGUGACGUUCUGGCUGGUGCGCUGGCUCCUUUUCCGCCUCAUGUUCGCUUCGGGGGUGGUGAAGCUCACCAGCCGCUGCCCUACCUGGUGGGGGCUCACAGCUUUAACCUACCACUACGAAACCCAGUGCAUUCCCACGCCUGCCGCGUGGUUUGCCCACCAGCUGCCGGUCUGGUUCCAGAAAUUGAGCGUGGCGGCCACCUACGUGAUUGAGAUUGCCAUCCCUCCGCUCUUCUUCGUGCCAGUACGCCGCCUCCGCCUGUUUGCCUUCUACAGCCAGGUCGUCCUGCAAGUACUGAUCAUGGUCACGGGCAACUACAACUUCUUCAACCUGCUGACCAUCGUCUUGAGCUUCUCCUUGCUUGACGACGAGCACGUGGGCCUGUGGCUGGGCCACGGCCGGAGGAAAGCCGGGAGCACCUGGGCCCCGAAGUUGGUGUCCAUCUUGUCUCUGCUGGCCGAACUGGGCGCCUACAGCUUCCUGGUCUACUGGACCACCCGUUACUUUGGGCUGGAGAUCAACUGGGAGAAGAAGCUAGUUGAAUCCAAGACAGCGUUCACCUACCACGAGUUCAUGCAGUGGCUGAAGAUGGUGACUCUCCCUCUGGUGGGGUUCGGACUUGUCUCCCUGGUUUGGGAGAUCCUUCAGGCUGGAUACAGAGCCGCCUGUGUCCGGGGCUUUCUCUGGAAAGUCUGGGGUACCAUCCAGUGGGCGCUCUUUGCUGCUGCGGCCUUGGGAAUGUUUACCGUCAGCCUGGUGCCCUUUACGUACAUUGAGUACGAGUCCAACGGGAAGCUCUGGCCCAGCGUCCACCAGCUGUUUGGUGCUGUGGACCGGUUCCAGGUGGCCAAUUCCUACGGGCUCUUCCGGCGGAUGACGGGAGUUGGCGGCCGGCCGGAGGUGGUGGUGGAAGGCAGCUAUGACAAGAAGACCUGGACGGAGAUUGAGUUCAUGUACAAGCCGGGCAACGUCAGCGCUCCGCCCCCGGUCGUGAUCCCUCACCAGCCCCGGCUGGAUUGGCAGAUGUGGUUUGCCGCCCUGGGCCACCAUAGCCACAGCCCCUGGUUCACCAGCUUUGUUUACCGGCUCCUGCAGGGCAAGAAGGAAGUGAUCCACCUCGUGCAGGUAGAUGACGGCAAAUACCCGUUUGCAUCUAAGCCCCCCGCCUACAUCCGGGCUCAGCUGUACAAGUAUUGGUUCACGGAGGCCAGCGAGGACGGGUCCCUUCCUCAGAAAUGGUGGAGGCGGCGGCGGAUCGAGGAAUUCUACCCUGUGGUCUUCCUGGGCGACCCUAACCUGGAUGCCCUCUUAGUUCAGCAUGGGCUGAAGGACAAGCCCCCCCUGAAGCGGCCCCUGGAUUCCCUCCUGCCCACAGUGCUGCAGCGAGUGCGGGAGUCUCUCUCUCCUUACGCCGGCCCGGCCAUGAUCUGGUCCCUCUACCUCACCGCCGCCGCCAUCUGCCUCCUGAGGGGGGUGGGCGCCUGGCUGCUGGGGGGCAGUGCCCCCAGUGGCGGUAAGCACAAGGGCGUCAAGCGGGCAGAGCCAGGAGCGGAGGCCGGGGGCGGAGGGGAGCACACCGGCGGCGAGAAGAACGGGCAGAUGCGGAGGAAAGAUGGGGCGGCGGUGGCAGCAGGGGAGAAGGCCCCCCGGGGCUUGGCAGAGCCCCCCGCGGACGGGCUGCGGAACGUCAAGAAGAAGAAAUAGCCUCUGCCUCCUCUGGAGCUGCGCCCCCGCCCCGCCCCCUCCCGGUUUCCAGGCACGGACUCACGUUGCUGGCUCUGCUCUGGGCUUGGCUGCCUUGGGACUCCGAGACCCUCUUUGGAAAUCAGUGGGUGAUGACCCCCACCUGGACUGUCUUUUCGAGGGGGGUCUCUCCUCGCUCUUGCCUCAACUCUCCCCCCCCUUCCUGCCCUCUUCACAUGAACAGGCCGUGCGUCUGUAGGAGCGGGGCCUGCUCAACCUCCCCCCACCCUUUGAAUGCCUCCCCACUUGCAUCCUGUGGGGUGCUCGGUCCCCUCCUCCUCCUCCGGUCAAGGACCCAGCUGUCCUGGCCCAAAGGCCUUCCGGUCGGCCUUCCUUCCGCAGUGCUGCGUUGGGACGGGGCCACUCAGCAUCGCCGUUCAACUUGCCUGGAGCAGCCGAGGGUCUGGGCGGCCAUAGGGCCUGAUCCAGGCAGCGCGUUUCCUGGGCUUGGGAGGUUUCCCUCGCUGCUUCUGGCCCCUGCUGUGCCCAUCCCAGAGGCCUCCUUGAUCUCUCGCUGGUUUCUGCUGGGCUGCCGAGACCCAGCACAGGACGUGUGAGAGUCUGCAAGGGCGGAGGGGGGGCACGGGGGCGCUGCGUGGUUUUCCCUGGGAAAUCUUGACGCUCCUCCUGGCACGCUGCAGUCCUGAGCCAGGCAGCCGGGCUGGGCUUUGGUCAUGACAGAGCUGUAGCCACCGCCGCCCUCCUGGCCCCUCUGGGCUGCUUGCCAUAGCCUUGACCUCUGUUGUGCCUCACUGUCCGAGGAGCGGGACGUGGGCUGGGGCAGCCGGGGGCAUCCCUCGCUCGCUGCGCUGCCUCGAGUCAGGGACCUUGUUGGACCUGUGGGCUCCGCCGCAAGCCAGAGAGGACGCUCUAUAAUUUUCUAAAUAAAGCCUUUACAUUCCA